AUGGAGAAUAUUGAAGAAACUAUUGAUGCAUUUGAGGAUUAUGAAACAACUGAAGAGGAUUUUGAGACAAUCGAAGAGGAAGCAAUUGAAGAAGAAACUGAAGAAUUAUACUAUUAUAGCAUAAUUAGAAACCCAAAUAAUUACUUUGAAAAUGAGCAAUUUUAA